UUAUCCCUCAUGUCUACAAAACACCUCUUCUUGCUAAAAUGUAAACAACAGUUUUUAGUGUAUUUGUUACUAUUUAAUAAUCUUGCUAUGUUUCUAAGGUUCAUUCAUUGUAAUAACACAACAAUAUAAGACUGUCGUUUCAUUGUAUAAAUGAAAAUUAAUAGUAAAAAUAUUACAAGUGUGCUCGCUUGGAUCCAGAAAACACCAUUUUUAAGCCUAUGUAAUUUACUGAAGCUACAUAUCUAAUGUCAUUGGCGAUUACAACAAUAAAGGAUAUUCUAUGGAUUUUGGAUAUUGCCGGUUCUGCGAGACGCAGGGUGAACACACAAACAUGGUGUCGGAGCUAGUGUUGAGAGGCGGUCAAGAAAACUACUUCGAUAUGCUCUUGGACUGUUUUAAUGUAUUUCUAGCAACAGACUCAACAAUCAGCUCACUUAUAUGCACUACGUGUGCGCAGCGACUGCGCGACGCGCGCGAGUUUAAACAGCUCGUGCUGCGCGCGCAGAGCGGCGUGCGGCGCGCGGCAGCCACCUUAAAAGACGGCCGUCCCGGUAGAUACCUCAAAAUAAAGCCGGAACCAGAAGACCCCACAGAACCCGAGGACCCGGGACCAGACCCCCUACGCAUAAGCGGUGUCGUAGUCAAGUCUGAACCAGAUAUCGACAUCGUCGAGCACAGCGUAACACGGACAGAGUAUAAGAGUGGCUUUAGAGAAGACGGGUCAACGGGAAUCCACCGCCAUGGACAACCAGAACCAAAAAAGCAACGACUAGAAAAUCAUGGAUCAGGCAAAACGGACUCAAUUCUGACCGGCUUGUCAAACUGCAUUCAGGAACCGGCGGAGCAAGAAACACAGAAUGGAACCACGAAACGAAAAAGGAAAAGAAAGCUUUACACACAUUCACAACUGAAUAAAGCUCUUGAGCAAAUAUCUCAAGGUAUGACUAUAUACCAAGCCUCAAAAAAUUAUAACAUACCAGAGACUACACUCAGAGAUAAAAGGGAUAGAAGGUAUAAGAAUCCCAAAUGUGGUGUUCAACCAAUACUGAGUGUACAAGAUGAAACACAGAUAGUGGACUGGAUACAUUAUUUGGAUAGUAGCGGUGUACCUGUAAAUAAGAAACGGUUGCUAGACAUUGUUAGUAAAUUUGCAAAAAAUUUAAAUCGCCCGAACCCAUUCAAAGAUGGAGUGCCCGGCAGAUGUUGGUUUAAAAACUUUAUGAAACGACAUCCAAGUGUAGCUGAGAUGGUCAUUCAAAACAACACAAGUAGAGUAGUAAGAAAAAAAUAAUAAAAAACUGCCCACCGGGAACGUCACGGAAGAGGCAUUGAAAGCGCGGUUUGGCCCCGUUAAAAUGUAACUGUAAUACCGAGAUUUGAUUAGAGUUUUGAAUGAUU